CUUCUUCCUUAGCGUGCUUCUUGUUCUUCUCUGAAAACCCUACCCAUUCCCCAUUUGAUAUUCUGUCGUUUCUCUUAAUCUUCCAUUGAAAGCUUCACCUUCUUCCUUAUCGUGUUUCUUGUUCUUCUGUGAAAACCCUAAAUCAUGGCAAACUCCAGUUCGCCAUUAAAAUCCCCCCUGAAGAAUCCUAACUCGAAAAUCGACUCACCCAUGAAAAACCCUAAGUCGCAUACUUCUUUACUUCUGAGAAUCCCCAAAUCUCCUUACAAAUCGCCUUCUAAGAUAGACUUUAAGGGGUUCGAUGAUGGAAACCCUAGAUCUGGACUGAAAUCGUUUGAGGAAGAGUCUUAUGAUUACAAUGAUGACUCAACUUCUGUUGAGACUGAUCCUAAGUGGGGAAGAGAACUUGACUCUGAAGGUGAACCCAUUUACACACCUGAGCCUGAUAUGUAUCCUGAUCGUGAAUAUUCUUCCAUUGAUGCUGUUUUUUCGAAUACUGAUUGUGAAGAAGAAGAUUGGCUUGAUAAGCUUGGUCCUUUCUCAAUCAAUGAUCGCAAAAAAAUUCGCACUCACAUGAUCAGUAACGACUGCAACUACACCGAAGCUGUUGAAGAAUUGAGAAGGCUCUCGGAGAUACCGUAAUUGAUGUUUUUAAUUUUUAG